UCGCUUCAGCACAACAACAAGAAUGGUCGAACGUGCACAUGAAAUGAACCCUAGUUUUAGAAUAGCACAAAUCCUUUAUAGGUAGUUCCUGUUAGAGACUUUUGCUGUUUAGCAAUGUAAACGGCAUUUACGUUCAGAAAAGGAGGAUUAAAGAGAUGCGAUCCCACCAUCCCUCAGAAUGAGAUUGCUUGGUUUUGAUUUCAACCAGGCGGAUAAUAUCCACCAAUGGGCUGCUUUUACGUUAGUAUCCGCCAUGAUCUGCGUAACUGGAUUGGUUGUUAUUAUGGCAGCAUUGAUGACAUUAAUAAGAGUAUUUUGGAAACUAAAAAACGAGGGGAGAACGUACAAACAGGACUACAAGAAGGACAUGGCGUCAUUUUUUAGGUUUUUACACCGCGAUAGAGAUUUCRAAAUUGUCCACAUUAACAAGACAGGACGAAAAAGGAUCGGUGUUUGUCUAGAGGGGGGUCUGGACWAUCCAUCAAUAACUGGAGACCCUGGAAUAUUCAUCCAAAAGGUCAAAGUCAACAGCCCUGCAGAUGGCAAACUAUUUCCUGGUGAUAGAAUAUUAUUGGUUAAUGACAAAGAAAUUGAAGGAGUUCCUCUGCGAUAUGCAGUGCAAACUCUACGAGAAGCUGAAGGUUUUGUGAAGAUUUAUGUCAAACGAGCUCAAUAUCGAGAGAGACGUAUUAAAGAGGCCUUUAGACAAUACAAGAAAGAUAAAACUGAACGAAAGGCUGUCUUUACGCAUCAACAAAUUGAAGAAAUCGAAGAUGGUUUUUCGGUGUAUGACCGAGCGGGGACUGGGAUGAUCAAGCGGUCGGUUGUUCUACCUUUGCUUCGUUCACUCGGCUACAACCUCCACGAGUCACAGAUCUGGACUUAYAUGAAUGACCUUGGCUUUACAGCAAAUCCAAAUAUAAAACUACAAGACUUUGUAGARCUGAUGCAUGCGAUAGUGACAGCCAAACAAUCUUCACACGAUGACGAUAUCAAAGCGGCAUACAGCUUGUAUCAGGACGUYGAGGGAGAGUCAUUAACGACAACUAAACUAAAACAAUCCUUAAAGCGAAUGCCUGGUGGUAUUAAAGUCAAAGAAGCAGAUUUAAAAGAUAUUUUACAAGUAGCCAAUGCAGACAAAGAAGGAAACAUUGAAUUUGAUGAUUUUAAAUCACUGGUUCUUCCUACUAUGAGAAUGUACUAGCGUCGAAAUAAAAAAAAAUAAACAACAACAACAACAACAACCAAACAAAUAGAGCACGGAGUCCUUUUAAGGCUGAUUURCACGGUACGAUUUGUCGCGCGCGACUUGUAGUAUACGAUUUUCCUACUACAAGUCGUAGGAUUUUAAGCCGUGGUUCAAAAUCCUACUACAAGUCGUAGGCUGCGUACGACUGUUGUAGACAAGUCGUAGGGGCAUUUAUACUGCGCGAUUCAAGUCGUAUACUACAAAUCGCACGAAACAAUCGUGCCGUGUAMAUCAGGUUUUAUAACGUAUUUAUAUUUGGACUCUACAACUAUUUUUGCUAGAUUAUGGUUGGUUAAUAAAAUGGGUUUAAAUAAUAAGUUAUUUUACAAUGGCCUUGUAUUAUUGAAAUGAAAUUGCUUAUUGUCAGAGAAUUUUUAACUUGUGUGAUAUCUCAAAACUGAGAAUCGUUCCUACAUAUAUCAAAAAUUGUUCUAUAAUUUAUUAUUUAUGUUUUAAAAUGAAUG